UUUGUUUUAGGCCCUAGUUCGGACAUAUUGGAGUAGUGAAGCAAAGAGGCAAGCAAGAGCAUACAGUUUCCUCCUCUGCAUCACCAUUGACGAAGGUAGAACAACUCCAUCACUCUCAAAGCUUAUACAUUUGCUUACAGUUGCUGGGUGGACAAUGAAGAAGGGAGUACAUCCACAGAUGCAAUGGAUCUCUUAUGUGACACAGAGCGGUAGAUUGAUGCACGUCAUGAUGACAAGGAUCCACCAUGUUGGCAAAGUCUAUCACUUUGGUGCUAAGCGUCAGUUGGCUCAAAGCAUUGGCCAGAUUGCCAAGUUCAAGCGCAGGUUUAACGAGCUAGAGGAAGAACCUUCCCAUGAGAAUAACAUCGACAACCAGAAGAAGUAACUCUUCUUCUUCUUCUCUCUCUUUCCUUUCCUCAGAAACCAAAUCUGAACAAGGCUUAAGACUUUGCACUUUUGCUCAAGGCACUAUGAACCUUGCUUUUGUUUCUUAUGAUUGAUUUUCACAGUUCUCGAGUCGCACUGUUUCAUCAAUAAAAAAAUUAUUAUUAUUCUUUGAGAACA